AUGGACAGGCCCGAGCCCGGAUUGAUCAAGUGGUCGCCCACUGCGAGCCAUGACCAGUUCAUGCACGUCAACCUGCAACAUCGCGUUGUACAGGUCUAUGAGCCGACUGGCCAUGCGCGACACGGCCGCUUCGACUACACCAAACUAUCAAAGCAUGACGAUGUUCCGCCGUUGACCACAUAUGACUGGUCGCCCACAAUACCGGGGCUGGUCGCCGUCGGCACCCAGGUCGGUGUCGUCAACCUCUUGAGGAUCGACGACGACUCCAAUGCCUAUCUGGAGCUCAAUCUUAAGGUGUCCCGAACUUGCCAAGCCGUCGCCUUCAGCACAUCGAACCUCCUGGCUGUUGGCCUUGAUCGCGUUAGGAGUGACCAAGGUCUUCAUAUCUGGGAUGUAAAUCGACUUUCAGGUCUGCAGACUACGUCUACCACCGGCUUUCCCUCGGAUGUGACCCCAUUCUUUGAGCCUGUCGAACGGCGCGAGCCCAGUGUUUCCAUAUCGAGCAUCAAGUUCUUUGAGGAUAACCCCAACAUCUUGGUCGCCGGUGUCAAGACCCAGGGCGUUCGCAUUCACGAUCUCCGUGGUGAGCAUUCCUUAAUCAUGUCAUACAUUGAUCCGAUCAACUUUCAAACUAAGUGUAACAACAAUAUUGCCAUCGACUAUGCCGAUCAGAAUUACUUCGCCUCUUCCGCGCUCGAUCAGCCCGGUGUUAUGGUUUGGGAUCGUCGCGCUGUCUCUCGCGAUGUGGCCUCCCCUGCGUACCUCGAUGCGAUUGACAUCGAUGAUGUCCCCUGGGGUGGUGCCUUGAGACUAGACCGUGCAAUGAACUCAGAAUCGGACCAGGCCAUGCAUGAUAGUAAGAAUUCAUUCAUCCGGGCCUUGAGAUAUUGCCGUGAUCACAGAGGGAUGCUCGCCGUAUUAUCCCGCAAUGGCCAGCUCAAGGUUCUGUCUACUAGGACAGAGCACACUGCCCCAGGCAUGGAGACUGAGGGUAGUCCUGAACUCCUCACGGUCCGGGUGUCGAACGAGAUGGACACCCAUUACAUGGACGCAACUCGAAAGAACGACCGCAUAGUAUCAUUUGACUGGAUUACGCUGGGGAAUCCAGUCCUACGACCGAGGCUGCUUGCUCUAAGGGCAAAUGGUGCAUUCGAUAUCCUUGAGGUGCCUUCUCCCACGACAACCUAUCCAUACAAACUGAUCCCCUGGCAAUCCCCAUAUCGAGGUCUCGAAGAGGGGACCCCUUUCUUGAGCGUUCUCGACUUCGAGCCUUCACAAGUCGCCGACGUUCUAGGACCACUUGCUAUAGAGGAUCAUCUGUCUGACAUCCCGAUUUUCGGACCCGAGAAGGCCGAUCUCCCCGCCGUCAUACAGAACUGCCUACGGUCCCAGCCCCAGCAAGAUACUACUGUGAUAGAUGCGCUGAAGAGAUCCGAUCCCUUACCACCGGACUUUGUGGAAGCAAAGACUAUCGCAGAAAAGCUCCAGGCUCUGAGGCGUUACUCGGAACAACAUAUACAAAAGGCUGAGCAGAAACAGCUAGACCGACUUCGCAGGUCUGAAUCGAACGGCACCAUCAAGAGCUUGGUGGAUGCUUCCUCAUCAAACCUCCUCCCAUCGUCGCGGGAGCUGCACGAAAGACUUUUGACCCUCUCUAGAGAUUCCAGAGGCUUCCUGAAAGAAGCAAAAAUGGUCCUCAAUCACAUAAUGCUUCUUCGUGCCAAGGAGAAGUAUCUGUUUGACUUCAAGUUAAACCAAAAGAUUGUGGCCGAUGACCCUUGGCUUCGAUCCGUCUGGUCGUGGAUUUAUGGGGCUGAGGAAGCUGUCGCUGAUGGUGGCAUGAUGUCUCACCCGCUGGACCUUGGCUACAUGGGUGUCGCCAGUGUCUGGAUGAAUGACCUUGGCAAGAAAAAGUCCUCGAGGCUGUCUGACGGUGGGUCGACUACGCCAGACGUUUCCGUCUGGGAGCGAUCCAUCAACGCCAUCUGCAAGAAGCGUGGAAUCGCUCGGUUCGACGGUGUAGACACCAAAAAGUCCCAUCAUCGCCGGUUGUGUCUUGAUAUCUGUGGCUGGGGCAGAUCGGAAGGUGAUCAGUUCAUCGACUUGGCUCAGCUCCCGGGCACGGUGCGGUCAACGACGCAUUACAACAUGGCAACAGCCCAGGCGUUGUUCCGGGGAGAUACGAAGCAGGCUGUGCAGAUACUCACAGAUGCUAGUGCAGAACAUCCCGAGCUUCUGUUCGUCUCCUUGGCACUACAGCUCAUCAGCAAAGGGGAACGAAAUCUAUCAAAAGAGCAGCUAGACUUUGACGACAAGGUUGCAUCCAAGACGGAUCCCUACCUCAAAGCCAUUUCCACGAUCAUUGCAACAGGGGAUUGGACUAAAAUAGCGAACCAGAAGUCGCUUUCCAUGCGAGACAGAGUGUCGGUUGCUGUUCGAUACUUUACUGACCAGCAAUUGACCAAGUGGUUGGAAAAUGAGGUGGACGAGGCGAUCAAGACUGGAGAUAUCGAAGGCAUACUCCUCACUGGCAUAACCGACAAAAUGGUCGACAUCCUUGCCAAGUACAUUGAGAGGUUCUACGACUUGCAGACAGCCACCCUGAUCAUGUCCAUCUGUGCCCCUCGCUUCAUUGACGACCAUCGCUGCACGGCAUGGCGCAACGCCUAUCGCGCCUAUCUCCAGCGGCACAGGGCAUUCUUUCACAGAACCAAAUUCGAGGGCGAAUCGACCAAGAAGAGCAAGCGAGACGGGCGCCCGACGAUCAAGCCGCCGUUCCGGCAGAUCGCCCUGCGUUGUGUCUAUUGCGAUGCAGAGACGCGGCUGGCCACUUCCAAUCAGCUGUCGGCCGAGAAAGACAUGCAGCUGACGUCGAAGAUGGCCAUGGCCGGAGUCAGCUGUCCGAACUGCAAGAGACAUCUGCCUCGCUGUGUUGUGUGCCUCGAGAUUGUCGGCAUGCCCCGUUCUAAUAAGCCGGAGGCCGCGACAGAUGGCGACGCGGGCCUGUCUGCCAAGUUUCCGACGUUUUGUCUGAAGUGCGAGCAUGUACUGCAUCUGGAUCACGCGAGACAGUGGUUUGCUCGGCACGCCGAGUGCCCCGUGCCAGAGUGCCGGUGCAAGUGUAAUUUCAGGGCUAACCCGGAACUGAACUACCAUUGA